GUAAUAUCUAUUUCAGGAACCAAUCAAAUUUGUCCCUUCUUAUAUCAUAUUCUAUUUUGAGAUUACACGCUCAAGUUCGACACUCUGAUUUCUUGCGAUCCAAAAUAUAAUUCUUUACUUUGGUCACUGCAUGGUAAAAACUAUUCACGCAUUUUAGUUCUGAUUGUAACAUUUCUUUAACAUAAGCCAAAUGUAUAAAUCUAAUAUUAACUGAUUGGUUAGUCUUGCUUUAUUACACACUUUUACGUAGAAUUAAUUUCUUUGCGUAGUAAUACAUUGUUAAUCCCGGCGAACAUCUAUAUAUACUCAGAGCCAACGAUGUUUCGUCAGUGGUAUGUCUGACAAUUCCAGAGUGAAACAAGUAAACGACCGCAAUCUUCACGAUUCGCGUGUGAGCACUACACAGGCUCUUGGGUCUGUCUUGGGUGUGACUUCUCAAGCGGAGGCGCUGGAUUUCCCAAUAUUUUCAUUUGACGAGAACAUUUUCCCUGGUUCACCAUGUCCUCAAGAAAAUUUGAUGGAAUCGUUUCACCUGUACGAUUCUGAACAGUACAAGAAAGGGCAAGUAACAACUAUAACACUUGAUACUUCGGGCCAGUUUGAUUUGGACCCUCUUUUUGAGAACGCCGUUGAUAUCCAACAGCUAUUGAAUAAUACAACACAAGUGAACGACGCCGACCUGGAGAGCAUUAUUCUGGGGGAGAAAACUGCUGACCCAGUUACGGUUGUCCCGUAUAUUGAACUGCAAACAACACAGGCAAGUUCGUUACCCGCUUUGAAAGAAUUUGACUUUAUGUCCAGCCAAGAGCAAAUUACAACGACUAGUGAGGCUGGUUGGCCAGCCACAACCAUCAAGACGGAAGAAUUCGGCACUUGUGAUCUCGACAGUCUCGCUAGCUCUCCGCCAGCGUCCGAAUACGACGUCACAUCGUCGACGCUUACACCACCGACUUCACCCUUUGAAGUUGUGCGAGGCCGACCCGGCAGGAAACCUUCCGCUGCUGGUCCCCUUAGACCAAAUAGAAAGAAACAGCCACCCAAGGGGACAGAGGAGUACUUGGAUAAACGAUCUAGAAAUAAUAUAGCUGUGCGAAAAAGUAGAGACAAGGCCAAGAAAAAACAACAAGAGACAGAGAGCCGAAUGCAAGAGUUGUGCUUAGAAAACGAAAACUUGCAGAAGAAGUUGGACUUAUUAACAAAAGAACUCAAUGUGCUCAAAAGUUUGUUUACCAAUGUCGGUGCCUCUUUACCGUCGAAAUUUGACGAAAUUAUGUCAAGGUGACCCCACACCUGAAAAUAAUAGAACAUUGAUAAGCACCAAGUUGGAAAUUCCUGUACAUAGUGACACUUUUUACCAUGUAGAUGGUAGCUUUGUGACUUUAACUUGUAAGAAUUGUAUAGCUAACACUCAAAUGUAUGAUGACGAAGCUGUUUUUAUAACUAGCAUUUGUUGUUGUGUUCAUAUAGAUUUUAUAGAUAUUUUAAUUUAUAAUAGUAAAAAUUAUGAAAACUUAA